AUGCCACUGCGAACUGUAGGGAACAGCGUGUGUCGGUUUGCAUGUUGCUUCUACAAAGAGAUUUCUUCUCUUGAAAACAGUGGGAAUAUUUUCUUUUCUCCUUUGAGCAUCUCUACUGCCUUUGCAAUGCUGACUCUGGGUGCCAGGUCCGACACUCUGACACAGAUUCUCAGGGUCCUUAGCUUUAACCCACGUGAGAUUUCUGAAAAUGAAAUACAUGAAGGUUAUCGUCAACUCAUGCAAAUGGUAAACAGAAAGAAUGGGUUACAGCUGAAUAUGGGAAAUGUCCUGUUUGUGCUUGACCAACUGAAGCCACAAGAAAAAUUUUUAAGUAAUCUCAGAAACUUCUAUGAAGGAGAAGCUUAUCCUAUGAACUUCAAGAGGGCUGAUCAGGCCCAGAUAAAGAUCAACGAAUAUGUGGCACAAAAAACCAAUGGGAAAAUCAAGGACCUCAUAAAUAACCUCGAUCCACUUACUGAAAUUCUCCUUAUUAGCUAUAUUUAUUUUAACGCUGAAUGGGAAAAACCUUUUGAUCCAAAAUACACUAAAAGAAUGAAAUUCUUUGUGAAUGGGAUCAAGACUGUUGAAGUCCCAAUGAUGUUUGGAAUGGGCCUGUUCAAGCAUGGCUAUGAUGAAGAGCUGUCUUCCACAGUGGUGCAGAUGGAUUACAAAGGAGGUGCUUCGGCAUUUUUUAUUCUGCCUGAUCAAGGAAGAAUGAGAAAGCUGGAGAAAAAAUUGUCUUGUGAACGUAUGUCAAGAUGGAGGACAUUAGUCUCAAAAAGCUCAGCAAAUUUGUAUAUUCCAAAAUUCACUCUUUAUGGGACAUACAACCUAAAAGAUAUAUUAUAUAAAAUGGGCAUCAUGGAUGUAUUCACUGAUAAGGCUGACCUGUCUGGGAUCACUGGGCAGCCGCAGCACAGAGUUUCCCAGGCUAUUCAUAAGGCUGUGGUAAAGGUGGAUGAGACUGGCACCGAAGCAGCAGCUGCUACAGGCAUGGAAAUAGUGCCUAUGUCCGUUCCAGUUACCAUUACAUUCAACAGGCCCUUCCUAAUGGUCAUAACUAUGGAUAAUACUAUGCUCUUCAUGGGAAAAAUUGUCAACCCUCUGAGUGUUUGCCAUGAAGUCAGUAAUACCAAAUUGCACGAUGGAACAGAAAAUUUAUUAACACAUCACUGUGACAAGCAAGGCUCUAACUAUGCAGAUUUUGUAUUUAGAUUUUACAAGCAGGCUGUAUCAAAAGAAGCUGAUAAAAAUGUUUUCUUUUCUCCCAUGAGCAUCUCCACUGCCUUUGCCAUGCUGGCUGUUGGUGCCAAGUCAACCACACUGUCUCAGAUUUUUGAAGGACUGGGCUUUGACGGUCUGACUGAGACUCAUAUACAUGAUAUACAUGAAAGUUUUCGUAAAGUUUUAGGAGUACUGAACUGUACUGAUGUUAACAUCACAUUAAAUAUAGGGAAUGUCCUUUUUACAGCUAUUGGGUAUGAACCACAGGAGACAUUUUUACAAAAUACCAAACAAUUUUAUGAUGCAGAAUUUUUUUCUAGCGAUUUCCAUAAACCAAAAGAAGCUGAGAAGCAAAUCAAUAAAUAUGUAGAGAAGAAAACCAAGGGGAAAAUUCCUGAAUUAAUUGGUCAUCUUGAUCCAAGUACUGUAUUGGUUCUAGUUAACUACAUUUAUUUUAAAGCUGCCUGGGAAAAGUCUUUUGAUCCUUUGCGUACGUAUGAGGAUGAUUUUUUUGUUAACAAAAAUGCAUCUGUUAGAGUCAACAUGAUGCAGCGUGACAGUAACUAUGGCAGUUACUACGACAAGGAUCUCUCCUGUGAGGUGAUAGAGCUGCCUUACCAGGGCACUGCAAGAGCAUUGCUCAUUCUACCUGAUGAUGGAAAGAUGAAGCAAGUGGAAGAGGCUCUCUCCAAGGAAACUGUUUGUAAAUGGGAUAACAAACUUGUGACCAGGAGAUGGAGGUUAGAUCUGCAGUUACCAAAGAUUUCUAUUAGUGCGUCUUAUGAUGUAAAAAAGCUGUUCAAGGAAAUGGGUGUUACUGAAGUAUUCUCUAGUAAUGCUGAUCUGUCUGGAAUUAGUGGCAGUCGUAAUCUUCAGGUUUCACAAGCAAUUCACAAGGCCCUGCUGGAGGUUGAUGAGGCUGGAACUGAGGCUGCAGGAGCCACAGCCAUAAUCCUUACCAGGGUUCUCCGCCCUUCUGAUACCAUCAAAUUCAACAGGCCCUUCAUUAUAUUGAUUUCUGACAAAGCAACUGGCACCACGCUUUUCAUGGGGAAAAUUGUUGAUCCUACUAAGAAGUAA